GUUCAGUCGGGGAUAAGUCGCCGUAGCGUGAAGAUCGUACAGUGUGUAUUCUUCGCGAGGUAAAUUUUCCAACGAGUCAAAAUUGAUCGUGGUGUUCAAACUUUAUUUACAAACGUGCAAGUUACAAUCGAUACAAAUCCAACAGAUUAGAGAACGUGUUCAAUUAAAUUCAUAUCGUUCGUUUGUAUGCGCCGAGUUUCAUUGCAGUGCAAGUGCAAGUGUUGCAUUCGAAAGUACAGUCUCACAGUUCUGUACGCAUAAAAUACCACUGCACAUGGUGCAGUAACAACAUGCAGUUUUAGUGAACGUGGGUGGCGUCAAUAUACGUGAAUGUAAUUAACCAACACGUAAAAGAAAAAGGGGGGAAAAAAAAAACCUAUAACCUCCUUCGGCAGCACUAUGGAUAAACAUAGAGACUGCUGCUGCUGUUACUCAAACAGUCCGAUGACCAGCUGCAAUUAGAUUAACAAUAACUUUCGGACGUUCCACAGGUCACUGUUGUUAUUAAAACCGCAGACCCCCACUAGUCGUUUGUUGCAAUUGGAAGGAAAAUUUCUGCAAGACGUCAGAGACGUGGUCGUACCCGCUGUUUUUUUUCUUCUGCACGUUCCAAUUAAAACGGUGGCAAACGUUCGGUAUUGUUAUGAGAUAAAUAAAUAAUAAGUAAUAAAAAAAAAAACCAACGACAGUAACAACAACAACAGCAAGAAAGGCACCCAUCGUCAAAAUGGUUUAUCACUGGCAGAGUCAAAAUGUUAAGGUGUCGGGGGUUGACGAUAUGGUAUUACUGCCAAAAGUCAACGAAGAAUCCAUCAGCGACAAUCUGAAAAAGCGGUACAUGGAUGACUACAUAUUCACAUGCAUCGGUCCUGUCCUCGUAUCGAUCAAUCCCUUCAAGCAAAUGCCUUAUUUUGGGGAUAAAGAAAUCGAAAUAUAUCAAGGAGCGGCUCCCUACGAAAAUCCACCGCACAUUUAUGGAUUGGCCGACGAAAUGUACAGAAAUAUGUUGAUCGAUAACGAGAGUCAAUGCGUUAUUAUAAGCGGGGAAUCAGGUGCCGGUAAGACUGUGGCAGCUAAAUAUAUAAUGGCAUAUGUAUCGAGGGUCAGUGGCGGUGGCACAAGAGUUCAAAAGGUCAAGGACGUCAUCUUGGAAUCUAAUCCUCUUCUUGAAGCUUUUGGAAACGCCAAAACUGUCAGGAAUAAUAAUAGCAGCCGUUUCGGAAAAUAUGUCGAAAUUUCGUUCGUGUUCGGAGGACAACCUGAAGGUGGAAAAAUAUCGAAUUUUCUCUUGGAAAAAUCUCGUGUGACGUCCCACAAUCCUGGAGAGAGAAAUUUUCAUAUAUUUUAUCAGCUGGCCACCGGUGCUAAUCAGGAAAUGAAAUCAUCUUUCGGGCUCACCGAUCUCGACUAUUACGAAUAUCUGAGUCACGGUGGCAAUCACAAAGUCGAUGGAACAAACGACGCCCACGAUUUUCAAGAAACUUUAAAAGCUCUGAGUGUGAUGGGAAUAAAGAAUGCAGAUGUGGUGAAUAUUUUCCAACUGGUAGCGGGAAUACUUCACAUCGGAAAUAUUAAAUUCAUCGAAAAAGGAAACUAUUCACAGAUCGCUGACGAACGGAGUCUAGAAUUUCCUGCCCACUUGUUGGAAGUCCCCGCGGAACAGCUGUCCCACAAAUUGACUUCCAGAAUAUUUGAUUCGAAAUGGGGAAGUCAAUCCGACAGUGUUGACGUUACUCUCACCGUUGAACAGGCUUUAUACACGAGAGAUGCCCUGGCCAAAGAUAUCUACGCUAGAUUAUUCGAUUAUUUAGUCAAGCGCGUCAAUUUUGCGAUGGAGACAUCAUCGGUCGGUCGAACUCUCGGUAUCCUUGACAUAUACGGAUUCGAAAUAUUCGACAGAAAUGGAUUCGAACAAUUCUGCAUCAACUUUGUCAACGAAAAACUUCAGCAAAUAUUCAUCGAGCUCACAUUGAAGACGGAACAGGAGGAAUAUGUGGCUGAAAAUAUCCGAUGGACGGCCAUCGACUACUUCAACAAUGCGGUUGUCGUCGAACUUCUUGAAAGUAAAAAAUUGCCCGGAAUAUUUUUGGUAUUGGACGAUGUCUGCGCUACGUUACACGGAGGCGGUACGGGGGCAGACGCGGAUUUUCAGAAGCAAUUAGCCGGGGCGGCGAACGGUCACGCGCAUUUUCAAAAUACCGGUGAAGGUUUUGCGGUGAUGCAUUAUGCCGGCCUAGUAAAUUAUUCCGUCGAUGGAUUUUGCGACAAAAAUCGUGACGUUCUGUUCCCUGACCUCAUUCAACUUAUGCGAACCAGCACGAACUCACUUGUAAGAGAACUCUUUCCUCCCGAGGUCGUGACCGAUAAGACCAAGACCCUGAAACCCAGACCGACGACCGCUGGAAGUAAAAUUCGAAAUCAAGCCAGUAGACUCAUAAACCAACUGAUGAAAUGCACACCGCACUACAUCCGCUGUAUAAAACCAAACGAGACUAAGAGACCUAGAGAUUGGGACCAGCUGCGAGUAAAGCAUCAGGUCGAAUAUUUGGGACUGAAAGAAAAUAUCAGAGUUCGAAGAGCCGGGUUUGCCUACAGGAGACCAUUCGCAAAGUUUCUUCAUAGGUAUGCGAUACUCACAAAGGAAACCUGGCCCAGGUGGCAGGGGGAUGAAAAAAGAGGGGUCGAAUGGAUCUUGGCCAGUGCAGGUUUGGAGAAAAGUCAGUAUCAGCUUGGAAAGACUAAACUUUUUGUCAAGGCGCCGGAAAAUCUAUUCAUGUUGGAAGAGGCGAGAGAUAGGAAAUACAACGGAUAUGCGAGGGUGAUACAGAAAGCGUUUAAAAAAUAUUUCGCACGAAGACGUCAAGAUGUACAAAAGCAAGAGGCUGCGUCGGUUCUAUUCGGGCAUAAGCAACGGCGGAAAGCAAGUAUCAAUAGAAACUUUGUCGGGGAUUACAUAGGUCUCGAUGCCAGACCCCAAAUUAUGAUGCUCAUUGGACGACGCGAAAAAGUCGCUUUCGCUGAGACGGUUCUCAAGUACGACAGAAGGUUCAAGGUAUGCAAGAGACAUUUAAUACUCACCGGAAAAUGUCUCUUCCUGAUCAGGAGAGAACAGAUAAAAUCGGGAGCGGAAAAAGGUCAAUGGAUCGAAGUUAUCAAGCGAAAGUUACCCUUCGAACAAAUAAGUCUUAUCAGUUUGAGUACUUUGCAGGAUGGUUUUGUGAUUAUACACACUAGAGAAGACUAUGCCAGUCUGCUCGAAUUGGUUUUCAAGACUGAAUUUCUGUUCGCUUUGAGCAAAAAUUAUCUCGCAGAAACCGGACACACCCUGAACAUAAAAUUCAACAACAAUUUGGAGUUCAAAGUUAAAAAAGAGGGUUGGGGCGGGGGUGGAACGAGACAAGUAAAAUUCAUCGAAAGUCCCAUCGGAAGCAAAGAAGUAUUGAAAUCCAGUGGAAAGGUUUUAACCGUCAGCGUCGGCCUCGGUCUGCCUAGCACUACGAAACCGAGUCCGACAAGGCCUUCGACUAUGCCAGCUGGUAGGCCAUCGCGUCAAGCAAGGCCUUCUGGUCCACCAGCACAGCCUCCCAUCCUGAAAUCCUCUCUGACAAAAGCUCCCUCGACAGCUCCCCCUCGACCCACGAAUGCUCCCACCAGACCUGCCCCUGUCCCGCAGCAAAGUCGACCCUCAGUUCCACCAAAUCGGCCAAAUAUCCAGCCGAAUAAAUCCGGCCAAAAAAGGGUGAUGAAUGCUAAAAAAAAUUUCACAGCAGGUGUACCAUUGAUGGGCAUGCAUGCGAAUCCCGGCGGUCCCGGUAAAGGACUGAUUCGGGCACCCCCGCCUCCUUCGAGUCCUGCACCGCCAAAUCAACCUACUGUACAUAAUAUAUUCAGGUUACCAAAUGCGAUUAGAAACGGGAAUGGUAAUAUUGCUUCUAACAGAGCACCUACCAGAAAUCAUCAACCCGCUGAAACGACGGACAGUCCUAGUUCUAAUCACAGCAGAACAGGAAAUACGCGAAGACCGCUUCCAGCUACUCCGAAUACACCUGCACCAAAACCUCCGACCCCAAGUUUUCCCAAGGUCAAAGCGCUCUACGAUUACGUUCCUCAGGAUCUGGAUGAACUCGGAUUCCAGGAGGGAACUAUCAUCGAGCUGCUCAAAGAACACAAAGAAGGAUGGUGGGAAGGUAGAUUAAAUGGGAAGACGGGAUUAUUUCCAUGGAAUUAUGUGGAGAAGAUAAAUAGCAAUUAAAUUAGAAAUCUCAAUGCCGGUACGAUGGGCAUCGGAGUUCGAUUGACUGGUUCCCCGUUAUUUGGAUAUCGUAUGUAUAUAUUAUUUUAAUUAGAUGUAAUGCGUUGGGAUAUUCGGCAAAACUAACGAGGACUGUUCAUACAGCGAUAUACUGCCAUGAAAUCAAAUCGUAGGUUUCAAAUCUAUCCUCAUUUUUCGUAACGUAGAUCCCAAUGGACGGAUCCGUAAGUUGCUCCAAAAUCCCAUUUCGGUGAUUAAUCGGAAUUUUUGUUAUUUGUUAAUGUUGUUCGUUAUUAGAUGAUUGUAAUACUAUUAAUCAUGUUGAUACCAGGUCGUAUUUCAUAGUGCCUUUGUAAAAAAGAAUUAAUUAUAAGCCCGAGAAACUUUUAUAGUUUCUAAUAGAUAAAUCGCAAGUAAAUUAUAUCUAGGUACAACGUAAUCGUGAUGGUUUUGGUAUACGUACAGCAUAUAACUGCGUAAAAUGACUGCCAAAUAUAUGCAUAGGUAAGUGAAUAUACCAUUCCUAUGAUGUAAUGUAAUGAUAUCAUGGAUCGUGAUAAUGCGAUUUUCAGCAUUCCAAAGAAAUUUAUAGGUAAUAUUAUUAGGUAAAAUAAAUAGACGUGAAAGAAGAAAUGAAGUGAAUAAACUAGAGUCGACAAUGUCGUAGAUUCUUUUUAGUAACAAGUUUACAAAGCAUGGCAUAAUAUUUAUACAUAUGAAUGGAGAUAAUUUAAUAAUUAUUAAUAUACAAUAAAGUCUGAUAUGAAAAGUG